ACGGCGGAGGCGAGAAGAGCCAGCAUCGGGAAAAUACGCGGAGAAAAAUAAAUACCCGGCGCCAAGACAUCGCAAACGGGAAUUAUACUUAUAAACUUAAAAAUAAUACGAAAAUAUAAGUAUAUAUGUAGUUUGGAAGUGAAGAAGAGUGAAAUGAUGACCUGACAGUGUCCAAAGUCUUAAGUGAUCAAAGUUUUAAAUAAGUCUAGGGCUAAAUAAAAUUAAAACUUGUUGUCCAAAGCAGUCAGUUCGUGCAGAAUCCGUGUACCAUGUCGCAGAAUCAAAGUCCAACCUCCGGGCCCGCGCCCACCCCCAUCACACCGCCGCCCUCGCGAAGAGCAAACCGACCGCCGCGGAUCAACAUCCACAACCUGAACAGUGGCUCCGCCAUGAGCCAGGCAUCCAUGCCGCCCAGCGCCCAGCCGCCCUACACAUCACAGACCAACUACACGGGCAACGGAACCCAGGGGCCCUACUGGCCACCAGUGGCCAAUCCCUUUGGCUACGACAACUUCAUGACCAAGGGCUACGAGGGCUUCCUCGAUCUCACCAAGACAGGCAUGAGUUUCGGCGAGAAGUUCACCUACGGCUUGUACAAUAAGUUCAGUAAAUUGUCGCGCCGCUGGUUCACUCACAUGUUCCUUAUCAUAGUGCUGGGUCUCUACAACGUUGCCGGAGCCCUCAUCUUCAAGGCCAUCGAAUACUCGGUGAUGCGAAAUGGCCUGGUCGACAAACAGAAUCCAUGGACCUUCUUCAACGCCAUGGUUUAUAGCUCCACCAUCUACACAACCAUAGGUGAGUGA